UUCCUUCCUUCCCUCCACAUCUAUAUCCGAACCAAAUUCCCUCCUUUCCUUCCUUUCCUGCUUUGCCAAACCUUCCCUCGUUUUCUGUUCUCCUCUUUCUCCCGCUUUUUUUCUUUUCUCUUUCUAAACUCAACUUCUCAAUAAUCACUUUAAUCAGAUCUCAAAACUCUCUUCCAAAAUUCCCAACCAACCUUUCCUUUUCUCUUUUCAUUAAUCAAAAUUUUCCCUCCAAUUUUAUUUUUUUUAUUUCUUUCCCAAUUUCUUAUUUUCCGAAACCCUUUCGAUCCCUUUUCUUUCCCUCCAAGAUUCGAUCUUCGGUUCGGCUCACUCCCAUGUCCGGCGCGCAGGCUUCGAACCCCUCGGCUCAGCCGUCUGAGCAGAUCCGGCAACCGUUAAAGCCUCAUCAGCUUCCUUUUUCGUCUAUGAAGCCGCCUUUUUCAGUUCCCGCCGAUUAUCACCGGUUCGGUCCUGAGACUCACCGACUCACUGAUCAUGAAGCUGAGGGUAUCGUUGUUAAGCCUCUGUUGAAGAGGAAAGUUGAUAUCGUUGAUUAUGAAGUUGAAUCUAGUGAUAGAGCAGGUCCUAGAUUUGAAGUAGUUAAUAGCUCUUUGCAGACUCCUGUAUCAGUAAAAGCUGGAAAAGCUACUAAAACAUCAAGGCUUACAAAGUGCAGUAAAGCUAGACCUCAAACCCCUAUUUCAAAUGUCGGUUCUCCUUCUGGCCCUAAUCUUACCCCAGCUGGUCCUUGUCGUUAUGACAGCUCUCUAGGUCUCUUGACUAAGAAGUUCAUCAAUUUAAUCAAGCAUGCGGAAGAUGGUAUCCUUGAUCUGAAUAAAGCUGCUGAUACUUUAGAGGUCCAAAAGAGACGAAUAUAUGACAUAACAAAUGUCCUUGAAGGAAUCGGUCUUAUAGAGAAGAAGCUUAAAAAUAGAAUUCAGUGGAAGGGACUUGAUAUCUCAAGGCCCGGGGAUGCUGAUGACAAUUAUGCUAGCUUACAGGCAGAAGUUGAGAAAUUAUCUGUUGAAGAGCGCACAGUAGACGAGCAAAUAAGGGAAAUGGAAGAAAGAUUAAGAGACCUGAGUGAAGAUGAAAAUAACCAGAAGUGGCUGUUUGUCACUGAAGAUGAUAUCAAGGGUUUACCCUGCUUCCAGAAUGAAACCUUAAUAGCAAUCAAGGCUCCACAUGGUACCACUCUGGAAGUUCCAGAUCCUGAUGAGGAUGUGGAUUAUCGCCAGAGGAGAUAUAGGGUAGUCCUAAGGAGCACAAUGGGCCCAAUAGAUGUUUACCUAGUUAGUCAAUUUGAAGAAAAGUUCGAGGAGAUUGAUGGGGUUCAGGUCCCUGCGAACAUUCCAUCGUGUUCUGGAGUUAAUGAGAACCCAGCAACAAUGGAUAUGGCUGAUGGAGGCAAGGAUGAUAGCACCAAAUUGCAGAGACAACAUGAUCACGAAACUUGUGUUGAUCCUAAUGCCCCACAGGAUUCUGUGAGUGGGAUCAUGAAGAUUGUUCCCUCAGAUGUUGAUAGUGAGGCAGACUACUGGCUUUUAACAGAUGCUGCUGAUGUUAGCAUCACAGACAUGUGGAACACAGAACCUUCAGUGGAAUGGAAUGACUUUGUGCUACCUGAAGACUAUCCCGCUGUUACUGUUGGCACGCCAAAGCCUCAGACACUGCCUUCUAAUCCAACAGAAGUGCCUUCUACUGUGAAUAAUACAGGCAGAUGAAUGAACCCGUGAAAGAAAAUGUGUUCGAUAAAAUCCAUUAAGGAGAGAGCCUUUGAUCCCCAACUAAGCCCCUUUUGCACACGCUUGUGACUCGACGGUUGGAUGGAAGGUCAUCCCAUGUCUCUGGAAACUUGAGAACAGAAAGAAAAUACUAAGAUAGAGGCAAUUGACUCGUAUUGUACAGUUGAGAAAUAUACAGAAUCCAUGUAUCUACUAUUAGCAAAUAAGAAAAAUUGUAAUUUAUUGUCGAAACAGUGUAUAUAUUUAAUUAACCCAACUAACAUUUAGUAUGGAGAAAUGUGGUUAGUAGUGAUCUUUUUAACAAUCAACAAACAUGCAUUAUUAUUUUAAUCCCUCUUUCAUUC